UUAUCCAACAUAUCCAUGACGCCUCUCUGUGUGAGGCGCCCUGAAACCCUUAAAAGCAGCUCACUCAGCUGCUCUCCUCUCACUUCACUUCGCUGCAGUCGGAGCUCGUCUGGACUUUGGGAACAGUACUGUUAUUCUGACUGCAUUUUCCAGCUGCAAACAUGGCUCAGAUCAACAUCUGCCUCAAACACAUCUUCACUGUCUUCAACAUAUUCUUCAUGGUUGUUGGUGGAGUGGCCAUCGUCCUCGCUCUGUGGUGCCAGUUCUUCAUGAACAUUCGAGGAGGAUACAACCUGGAGGGUCGUGCCACCAAACUCUUCAUCCUCUUCAUCGUAGGCUGCAUCACCAUAAUGAUCACCACGCUGGGAGCCUACGGAGCCCACAAGGAGAACAAAGUGGCUCUGAUCACGUCCUUGGUGUACACGGUCAUUGGAUGUUGGCUGAUGUUAAUAACUGGAAUCCAAGCUGCCAUCAUACAUCCUCAGCUCAGAGGCAUCGGAGUGGAGACAUUCAGAGAGCUUGUGCCUCUGGACAAAUCCUCGACAUACGUGAGGAACAUGACCGAGGACAUUCAGGAACAGUUUCACUGCUGUGGUCUGUUCAGCUACAAAGACUGGGAGAACAUCCCCGACUCCUGUGUGUGCAGCAAGGAGGAGGAGAAGGAGGGCAAGUGUCAGACUGUCAAAAACAACACUUUCAUGCUGCAGAGAAAGUCCGUCUACACUAAGACCUGCUUUCCCACCAUCAUGGACCACAUCCAGUUUCAUUACAACAUCAUACUUGUGGUCAGCUUCACUCUGGCUAUUCUAGCUCUACUUGGCAUUAUUCUGUCCUCCAUUAUGAUCCACCAGCUGUAUUACCCCAACAGACCCACCAUCAUGAUCUCCAUGAUGCCACCAAAAUACAAGGAGCUGCACAACGCCCCAGCAUGUUAGUCAAAAUACAAUGGACUUCUUUUCUUUAGCUACCUUGGUGCACUGCAUGUUGUUAGCCCUCAGUCAUAAAAGGCUGAUCGGGUAUUAUCCUAAUGCUGCUGGGCGGGAAGACGGUGUGGACACUCAAGUUUGUGAAUGCCAUAACUCGAGAACGAUAGUGGCGCAGGAACUUCUAAGUGAUACCGCAGGUGUAUCUACUGAAAGUCCGUAAAAUGAUUCAAAAAGCA